CUCUCUCCCAUGCAUGAACUCUCUUUUUGAGCAUUAAAACUAAGCAGUCCAUAGCAUGAAGUAAGAAAGCUUAUAGGUGAAGAAAAACAUCGUCCACUCAAACCCUAAAACAUAUAAUAAAAACAAAAAGCAGAGAUAUGAGAGAAUAAUAAGAGCAAAAGCCCUCUCCUCCCCACUCCCUUGCUAUCUUUCCUUCUCCCUCCUCUCUUUAAUUCUCUUUUUCUCUUUGCUUUCUUGGCCUCUGGUAUUCCCUUAGUGUGAUUCUCCACCUUGUUUUUCCUAAAGAACCCAUCAAACUUUAUAAAAGAAAAAAGAGAUAGCAAAAGAUUAACCAUGGUUUUCUCAUCUGUUCCAGUCUAUUUAGAUCCUCCCAACUGGCAGCAGCAGCAUAAUCAUCAACAAGGAACUGGGAGUGAAAAUCCUCAGCAUCCACCUCUUCAUCCACUUGCUGAUGUUGGAACUGGUGGUGCUGGCUCCAUUAGGCCUGGUUCGAUGGCUGAUCGAGCCAGGCUAGCCAAGAUUCCACAGCCAGAAGCAGCCCUGAAAUGUCCAAGAUGUGAGUCCACCAACACCAAAUUUUGCUACUUCAAUAAUUAUAGCCUUUCACAGCCACGGCACUUUUGCAAGACAUGUCGGCGGUAUUGGACUAGGGGAGGUGCCCUUAGGAAUGUUCCAGUUGGUGGAGGAUGCCGAAGAAACAAGAAAAACAAAAGCAGUAGCUCAAAAUCCACAGCUUCUGCAGAGAAGCAAGUUGGUUCAAAUUCAACAAAUGCUGUUAUUCCUUCUGAAAUCACUGGUCAUUUACCACAGCAAACACCUCAUUUACCCUUCAUGGCUUCUUUGGAAAAUUUUUCUCAGUAUGGUUUGGGAAAUAUUGGCUUAAACUUUGGUGGAAUUCAAGGUCAGAUAGGGGCAACAACUGGUGCCAGUGGGCAAGCUGAUAUGGGGUUUCAGAUAGGAACCAACUCAGGCAUGAGCAGCGCUAUUUUAUCAGCAGGGGGAACUCAUCAGCAGUUCCCUUUCUUUGAGCCAACUAGUGGUUUAUAUCCAUUAAUUCAAAGUGAGGGUUCUUCUAUGGUGGGAGAAAGCCAGCUUCUUCGCUCUAUGAGUUCAAGCUCUAGGGUUUCUCAGCCAGCUCCAGUGAAAAUGGAAAACAACCAACGGCUAAAUCUAUCAAGAUCACUGAUGGGUAGUUCGGAGAGUAAUCAGUUCUGGGGAGGAAAUAGUUGGCCAGAUUUGUCAGGUCUCAACUCUUCUAGUACUAAUCAUCUCAUAUAGCUAGUUUCAAUCUUUCUUGACAGACAGCAGCUUCAAGUUGGUCUUGAAUCUUCUGCCGCUUCCAGUUAUCACAACAGCUUUAAUGACAGAUAGUUGACAUAAAGGAGCAAUGUUCCUUUGAUCACCUUGACUCGCUCACAUGCUCCAAAAUCAAAAACAAAAUAAUGGAUGGUGAAAUUGCAACGUUCACUGAGGAACUUAUCUCAUCAUCAUCAUCAUCUAUCGAAGAAAAAAAACGAAGAUUGGUAGAAUUAAUGUUGUUUCAUAGUAUAUAUUUUGGGUUUUCUUAAGCUAUGUGUUUGGUUUUUUAUUUGCAUGGGCUUGUUUACAGAUUUGUUCUAUGUUUGCGUGUGAAGUUAUGGGAUCUGUUAUCUGACAUGAUAAGCUAAUAUUC